AGGCAUGCAUGCCAAUGAUCCAAACGCUAUUAAACAAAGGAAGCGGCCAUGAACAAAUGAUACACUCACCAACGAACACCGAAACAAAACCAAUAUAAAAACAAAAACAAAUCGAGAGGCCCCAGAAGAAAGGCGCCUAUAUAACCCAAACUAUACGCACGGCAAACACACACUAAAACACAAAUCAUCAGGAAGAAAAGCAAGCAACCAACCAACAUUCCGUCGCCCGGCCACCCCAUUGUUUUGUCGGAUGACGACGAUGAGCUCGGCGGCAGCGCUCUUGGUGCUGGUGGUGGUCUUCGUGGCCUCGCCGCUGCUGGUCUCGUCGCAGCUGGCGCCAACCAUGGCACCAACCAUGGCGCCGAGCAUGGCGCCGACAGCAGCCCAGACGGCAACAAACAACUCACGGCUGGAGAAGGCAUACGUGGCCCUGCAGGCGCUGAAGCGCGCCAUUACGGAUGACCCCAAGAAGCUGACAGAGAACUGGUGCGGGCCGGACGUGUGCAGCUACCGCGGCGUGUACUGCGCGACGGCGCCCGACGACCCGUGCGCGCGCACCGUGGCGUCCGUGGACCUCAACCACGGUGACCUUGCCGGCACGUUGCCUGAGGAGCUCGGGCUCCUCUCGGACCUCGCCGUCUUCCACCUCAACUCCAACCGCUUCUGCGGCGCGCUGCCGGACUCCCUCCGCUCCCUCCACCUCCUCCACGAGAUCGACGUCAGCAACAACCAGCUCUCCGGCACCUUCCCCUCCCAGCUCCUCUGCCUCCCCAACGUCCAGUACGUCGACAUCAGGUUUAACAACUUCUGUGGCGAGGUGCCCAAGGCGGUCUUCGAGAAGAAGAUUGACGCUCUGUUCAUCAACAACAACCACUUCGAGUUCACGCUGCCUGAGAACUUCAGCAACUCGACAGCAUCGGUGAUUGUGCUAGCGAACCUACCGCGAUUAGGUGGAUGCCUGCCGAGCAGCAUCGGCGACAUGGCCGGGACGCUCAAUGAGCUGGUGCUUCUCAACAGCGGCAUCUCUUCAUGCAUCCCACCGGAGAUUGGCAAGCUGGACAAGCUUACAGUGCUCGACCUCAGCUUCAACAGCAUCGCCGGCAAGCUGCCAGACACCAUCGGCAAUAUGCGGGCACUCGAGCAGCUCAACAUCGCGCAUAACAUGCUCGCCGGUGAUAUCCCUGAGAGCAUAUGCGCUCUGCCUCACCUCAAGAACUUCACCUACUCGCACAACUACUUCUGUGGCGAACCACACCGGUGCCUACAGGUGCCACGCAUCGAUGAUCGGCAGAACUGCAUCGCCGGACGCCCCGACCAGCGGUCUGGAGAGCAGUGCAUCGAGUUCAUGCACCGGCCGCCGGUGCACUGCGACGCACAUGGGUGUUUUGCGGCACCAUCACCGCCGCCACCAGCGUAUGCACCUCCACCACCGGUAUACUGAUCUGUGGUAAACAGUAACACUGAAAUUUGUAGCUAUUUUCUGCCUUGUGCUGUGAGAAAGGGAAAAAACCCAUACAUAUGGUAUAUUGCUGUAAUAUUUCUUUUUCGGAGACAAAGUAAUAAUGAAUUCAUAGAUUUGUGUCAUA